AUGAUGAGCCCGCAGUAUGCAGUAUGGAAGGACGACGACGACUCAGUGAAGCUACAGCCGAUGGUCAUGCAUAUCCGUUCCUCCCCCUCAUGUGCCAAUUCAAGACACAGGUACGAUGAGCAUCAUCUCGGUGCAUGCUGUAUCGACUUGGACGAGGUUGCUUCUGAGGGUAUCUCCAUCGACACUUUCGCGUGCCUGGCGCGAUGUAAUGGUCUCGGUGCGCAUGUCUACAGGCCGCCCCUUAUGGAGGAUUCAUCGGAGUGCUCUACUACAGCGGUUGAUGCUGCCGACUCGGACGAUGCUGAUGAUCAUUUUCUACAAAGUUUCCGGGAGACGGUCGAAUCGUGGACAUCGGAUGGGAGGCUGCUACCAAGUUGUGGUGGUCUUGAGAAAGUUCUGGUAGUAUCCUACGACAGAGCAACUGUAGGCCAAACUGGCAAUGGACACUUCUCACCCAUCGGAGCCUACCACGCCUCGACUGACUCCGUGUUAGUCCUGGACGUUGCUAGAUUCAAAUACCCGCCGCAUUGGCUGAGCUUACCUAGGUUGGUGAAGGCUAUGUACCCUGUGGACAAGUCUACUGGCAAGCCUAGGGGAUAUAUAAUGUUGGAGAAACUAAGACCUGGCUCGCUCCCACCAGAGGCUGGUCCCAAGCUGUUAGCAUUGGCAUCUAUACCGACUUCAGCGACUGUUGCGCUGACGAAUGAAUUCCAUCGGGAGAUGCAACGCCAAUCUUCACAAGUCGAUCUGGUUACGAGACGAGUUAACUUAUCAUCGGAGGAGUUCCUCAUCGAACUUUUCCGGUGCUUCCUGAGGGCUGUGGCAGAGUUAGAUUCACCCAUAAUGCGCGGUGUGUUCCUAGCUGUUGCUGAACAGAAGCGGUUGAUUGAUACCAUCAGUUCAUACUGGACACAGGAUAAGGUUGAGGGAGAGUCCUGUACUGCAAAAAAAGCGUCGAUCAUUUGCGCGGCCCUGCAUGCCUUCAUCGAGGAGUGCUCACAUCCUCCAGUAGCUCAUCGACUCCCUCCUAUGUUUGGUCCCCCGACAGAGGCAUCAGACUCGAUGGAUGAUAAAGAUUUCUAUACCCCCGACCUCAGCAGCCUCAGUCGCUCUGCGGAGCUUUGUAGAGGGGACAGUUUGUGUUGGAACUGGCCUUGGCGUGGUAUCUGUGAUGUCCCUAUUGAUGGGCAAGAGGAGUAA